AAAGCAACAGGCUGACCGGGCUGGUUAAUCAUUACUAAGAGCUAGAACAUGCAGAGAGAUUCACUACUAACUACGCAACAGGAACUCAUUUGAGAGAAGAAAAGAAUCAUCAGAAACAGCAAAACUACCAAAGAAUCAAUGCUUAGAUUUUCUCAUUAUUUUUACUUUUUUUGUGUGGGGGACACAAGGAUCAAUGAUUUUUUGUUCCUCCAAGAUUUCAGACUAUACACUGUUCAUACGUGUUUUCUUGUUUGGACGAGGAAGUGAAAAAUUCCCCCAUAUGAGCUAUUGCACUUUAAUGCUCAAGUUUCACUCCUGACUCCGGAGUUGCCUUGUAAUGAGCUCUCAGUGGAGCUCUGGAAAGAGAAGUUUCCAGCUGCAGUAAGAUUUAUUUCAUUUUGUGCCAAGAGGGAAAAGAAAUUCUACAAAGAACUAAAAUGUUGAUGAUGCAGACAUUUGCUUAAGGGUGUUGCACCUGGGAGACAAAGAAAAAGAAUAAGGAGGAAAGAGAAGGCGGCUCAAAGGAAGAGUAUCAGGAUGGGGAACUUUUGCCAGAAACACUGCCCUUGUUUUGUGUCUUGUGCUCCUUGGCUACUCCAAGAGAGAGACUGUGAACAGAGUGAGAAAUACAAGACUGGCCAAGUCAUCCACAAUCCAGCCUUGGUAGGGAAUGACUUUCAGCCACGCAGCCUCUCCCAGGGAACAUGGAAUAUGCCUGAGCCAGACAACAAAUAUAAAACAAAGCCUCUUCCUCCUCUGCCUUGUCCAAAGCAGAAAAACUGCAGGUUUGUGGCAUUGUUUGACUACCAGGCCCGCACUGAGGAGGAUCUGAGCUUCUGUGCCGGGGAUAAGCUUGAGGUACUGGAUUCAUCCCAAGAAGGCUGGUGGUAUGCUAGGCUUCUCCUGGAGAGUGAGUCAACACGAACUGGUCGCAAGCUCCAAGGCUACAUCCCUGCCAAUUAUGUAGCUGCUGAUGAAAGCAUUGAGGCUGAGCCAUGGUUUUUUGGCUCAAUCAAACGAGCAGAUGCAGAGAAACAACUGCUAUACCCCGGAAACCAGAAAGGAGCCUUCCUAAUUCGAGAAAGUGAAAGUUUAAAAGGAGAAUUCUCACUUUCAGUUUUUGAUGGAACAACUGUGAAACACUACAGGAUCAGAAAGAUGGAUGAAGGGACAUUUUUUUUAAGCAGAAGGAAGAUUUUUAAAACCUUGAAAGAUUUUGUUGACUACUAUAGUAAGGACGGUGAUGGACUCUGUGUAACACUUGGGAACCCAUGUAUAAAGAAAGAAAUUCCUACUCCUUUUGAUUUGUCAUACAAAACGGUGGAUCAUUGGGAGAUUGACCGAAAAUCUCUGAAACUGUUGAAAAAAUUAGGCUCUGGCCAGUUUGGUGAGGUGUGGGAAGGAUUAUGGAAUCACAAUACCCCAGUGGCUAUCAAAACAUUGAAGCCAGGUUCAAUGGAUCCACAAGACUUCCUGAGGGAGGCACAAAUAAUGAAGAACCUGAGACAUCCGAAACUUAUACAGCUCUAUGCGGUUUGCACUUUAGAGGAUCCAAUUUAUAUUAUUACUGAGCUGAUGAGACAUGGAAGUCUGUUAGAAUACCUCCAAAAAGAUGCAGGCUCACAGAUCCAUCUGCCUCAACAAACAGACAUGGCAGCUCAAGUUGCCUCAGGAAUGGCUUACCUCGAAUCCCAGAACUAUAUCCACCGGGAUCUGGCAGCCAGGAAUGUCCUUGUUGGGGAACACAAUGUUUACAAAGUGGCAGAUUUUGGCCUUGCCAGAGUUUUUAAGGUAGGAAAUGAAAAUAUAUAUGAGGCUAAACAUGAAACAAAACUCCCAGUGAAAUGGACUGCUCCUGAAGCAAUCCGCUCCAGUAAGUUUACCAUCAAGUCUGAUGUGUGGUCAUUUGGAAUACUUCUAUUUGAAAUAAUGACAUAUGGAAAAAUGCCAUAUCCUGGUCUGAUGGGAUAUCAGGUAGUCCAGAAACUGGAUGAAGGAUAUAGACUCCCUAAGCCAAACAACUGCCCACAACAACUUUACAACAUUAUGCAGAAGUGCUGGAAUGCAGAGCCUAAAGAACGGCCCACGUUUGAAACGUUGCACUGGCAACUAGAGGAUUAUAUUGAACUGGACUCUUCAUCCUAUACUGAUGCGAGUGAUUUUGUAAAAUGAACUCUUUAGCAAACACUGAGUAAAAUGCAAUGAUUACUUCAAUGAACAUGACAAAGUAUAAGUGAAAUCAAUUUAUCCUUCAAAUAUGAGAGAGGAGAAGUUAAAUUAUUAGAUGAAACAAGAAUGUUAUAUAUUUUCAAGUCUGGGCUAAUGCUCUGGAACACUUCAUAUUUGAAUACCAGGAAUUAUCUUGCAAUAUUAAGCAAAAUGAAACUAAGAGCCUUUUGGGGAUUUGUAAAAUAAAUGAUCUUCCUUUAUUUUUACAUAACAAAUCAAAAGAAUGAACAAGGGACAUAAUGUUGUUGCUUAAUAAGCAUUAGAGUUUUUUACUGUUUACUUAUUACAGUAGGCAUUUGUUAUUCCCUUGAUCGUUGAAUCCCAUUGGUUUGCUCUUAUGAAGAAAUUUGGUUACUAUGUUGCACAGCAGGACCUGUGCUUUGAGCUAUCUUUUUUUUUUUUUUUAAACGAUCUGUGACUAUUAUAAUGGCAAAUCCACAUUACAUACCUUGAUUGGACUUGGAAAGCACAUGACUUUCCUGUAAAGGCAAAUGAAACUGAUAUUACGAAACAGAAAUAAAGUAUCUCUUAUUUUUCAGAAGCAAAUGGGAUUUUCAUGCACCUAUCAUGCCUUUCUUAUAAAAAUAAUUGCAAUUAUUAUUAGAUUCUUAAUGUUGUGUCAUACAAUGUUAUAGAGUCAACACACUUUUAUUAUUCAUUGAAGAGCGUACAGGCAUUUUCUAAUUCAUAAAUUCAUUGAUGCCUACACAGUCAGUUGGGUGGCAAACUGGCUUGGUGGUUGUACCCACAGAGUGGUGGUGGACGGGUCGUUUUUGACCUGGAGAGAUGUGGGCAGUGGAGUUCCCCAGGGCUCGGUCCUUGGACCUGUGCUAUUCAACAUCUUUGUCAGUGACUUGGAGGUGGGCAUGGAAAGCAUGCUGUCCAAAUUCAUUGAUGACACAAAGAUUUGGGGAGAAGUGGGCACACUGGAGGGGAGGGACAGGAUCCAACUAGAACUAGACAGGUUACAGAGGUGAGCAGAUGAGCAUAGAAUGGAAUUCAAUGCAGACAAGUGCAAGGUGCUGCAUCAAAGGGAGAAAGAACCUGCAACAUACUUAUAAGCUGGGGAACACCCUUCUCAACAACACGGUUGCAGAAAGGGGUCUUGGAGUCAUUGUUGGCUCCAGGAUGGACAUGAGCUGCCAAUGUGAGGAAGCAGUCAGUAGGGCUAACUGCAUCUUGUCAUGCAUCUACGUAUGCAUCACUAUCAGGUCCAAGGAGGUGAUCCUUCCCCUCUAUGUGGCAUGGUCAGGCCACAGUUGGAGUACUGCAUUCAGUUCUGGGAGCUGCACUUCAGGAGGGAUGUGGACAGCAUCAAGAGGGUCCAGAGGAGGGCCACUCGCAUGGUCAGGGCGCAGCAGGCCAGGACCUAUGAAUAUAGACUGAAGGGCCUGAAUCUAUUCAGCCUCCACAAGAGAAGGCUCAGAGGGGAUCUGGUGGCUGUCUAUAAACUCACCAGGGGGGACCAGCAGAAAAUAGGUGAGGCUCUGUUCCCCCAGGCACCACCUGGGAUAACAAGGAAUAAUGGCCACAAAUUGAUUGAGAGCAGGUUCAGGCUUGAUAUCAGGAGGCAUUACUUUAUGGUUAGAGCUGCCAGGCUCUGGAAUGGGCUCCCAAGGGAGGUGGUGCUCUCCCCUACUUUGGGGGUCUUCAAGAGGAGGUUGGACAGAUAUCUGGCUGGGGUAUAAUGAUCCCAGCACUCGUUCCUGCCCUGGGCAGUGGGUUGGGCUUGUUGAUCUAUUUAGGUCCCUUCUGACUCUAGAAACUAUGAAACUAUGACAUUUUAAAGAAACAUGAAGUUGUGAAGAUUGUUUUAAAUUAAAUGAGUAUGGUCUUAACAUUUUGGAAGGAGGCAACAAAGCUUACUCAUCUGAUAGCCAUAGGCCAAGUAUCAGCCUAAGAAUUUUACAGCAGUCUGCAAAAUGGUUAUAUUGCGUGCUUACCUUAUAUUCAAAUAUAUCUUCCUGCUUUCAUAAAGCAUGGAAUGAGGUUAUGGGCUGUUUGUUUUGCUACAGGAGAAAUGAAGCCCAAUUUUAAGUUAUUGACAUUUAAAGCAUUGUUUUACAGUUCUCCUGAUCAGCCAGUGCUCUGAAUUGUGCCAGACCUUGAAGGUUGUAUGUACACGAUAAUGAAGUGCUUGCUUUUCCUCCUUUCAGAAUGCAUUAUUGGUGAAUUAUUACUUACUUAACUAUACUAUAGUCUCAACUGUUAGUGAGACUGUAACAGGGGCACCAUCUGGGUGGUUGCAAGUCCCUAGAGGCCACCAAAAUUCCCCUUUUUUCCUGUUCACUGUGGGAAUGGUCUCUCUUUCACUUUCCUGCCAUGUCUUGAUGUCCUUUAUGGUAAUAAAGGGGAGGCAUGCCGAGCUUCCCAGGCUUGUUCUUGCUUCAAGGAGCACCUGGAGGUGUGGGUCCCUUGCUUUAAUGGCUAAUGGCAUGGCUCCAUACUUCCCCAUACACCGUGUCCCAUGCCUUGCAGACUUUGAAUCUCCAAUGAGACUUUUUGUUGGGGUUUUAGCCUUCCUUGCUUCUGCCCCUCUACUCUGGUUGAUCCCACAGCCCAGGUCCACUGCUCUAGGCGUGGCUUCUGGGCCCCAGCCCCAGCCCUCGCUCUGCCUUGAACCUGUCCCAGCAGGGCUCAAGAGAAGCACAUACCCCUGGGAUGUUACUGGGUCAUCUGAAAACCACCCCUCAUAGUCUACCCCAAACCACCGGUUUAAAUUGCAACAUGAACAUUAAUCCCCUAGGAUACAGCAUAAGAAGAAAAUGAAGGCUGUAUGCAAGCAUCUCUUUCUGUCUCUGGGUCACUCUUUCUUGUUCCCCAGCCUGCAGAGCAGCUUUCUUCCUGUUCCACAACUCUCAGGGCUGUUCCCCCACUGGCUCAACCCCAGGGCUUAUAUAGCUCUGGCCUAAGUCCUCUCCUAGUCAUGUGAUGCCCCAGUCAGCUGACCUGACUACAGGGCUGUUUUUAACCCCUGCUCUUCCAGCUGGCUGUGCUCUAAAAACUCUGCCCUGACAGGGGCUGUACCACUUUCUAGUAACAAGGCCAGGAGUCCCUGUUAUUGACACAGUGUCUAGGCUCAAAAAGGUGUCCUACUAUUUUCUCUUUGACUCUACUAGGAAAGUCCAAAACUUACAUAAAUAAAUGGAAGGAUUUAUUAAUCUGCAUCUCUUCUUGCUUCUUGUCUUCUAUUUCCUUUUCUUUUACUCCCACAUCAAGCACAUUCAUGCCUUCAUACCACCCACUUCUUAUCUUAUUUCUUAUUCCUUUUUAUUAACAGGUUUUCUUCUUUCAUAUGCACUCCAUUCUUUGUCAUCUACUAAGAACCAUCCCUCACCUAACCCCUUAUUAUAAAGUUUCUUCUCUCCUAUUGUUCUCUUUUUUCUGUCCAGUAUAUUUCUGUAUUCUUAUUUCUCUGUCCACCUUGGCUAGCACAUACACUGCAUUUUCUUCCACUGUCCUCCACAGUUCAAUUACUUUACUGCCACAACAUCUUUGUGAUGUUGAAAAGUAUUACAUUCCCACAGAAGAAAGAAAAGGUUAAAUGAUUUAGUUAAAGAUGCAGUGAAACUCAGUGUUGGUAUAGAACUCAAUUCAAGAGUCCCAGGCAUGGUUUCAUGCUGUUAUGCUUUCCCUCUUUAUAACAAAAGCUUACACUGACUUCUCAGUAGAGUAACAAACUCUGUUACUGGUUAAUGGCCAGCAGCCUGAUGGAAUUUAUGAUGACCAUAAAACUAUCAGCCUGUGUGUCAAUCCUCUAGUCAUAAACUGGGUCUGGUGCCCUUACAACGUGAGUUGAAGAGGUCUGCCAAACUAGCCAAGCACAAGAAGACUAUGAAUAACCUAUUAUUUUUCUAUGAAAAAUAUCACUGCCACGAGUUGCCAGUCUUGAUGAUCAGGUUAUAUUUUGAAAAAGAUUUCACACUUCAAAAAAUUGAAAACAUUUUAAACAAAAGUUCAGUUUUCCUUGACACUUUAUCAGAAGGGAAAGUAGCCAAGAACUUUACAGGGUUGGUGUGAUUAAAAACAAGAAGUACAUUUAAGAACCUCAGAAUUUUAGAUAGAAUGUAAAGUAAGUAAAUAUUACUGACUAUGACAGAAAGGUCAUGAGUAUCCUGUAGCAAGGGAAGUACUGAAUCAGAAGAAAAUCUAAAGCAAGAAAUUAGCAAAAAAUUCAAAAUCAGACCAGAAUGGUCAGUACAUUUUAUGCUGAAGUGGGUGCAGUUCUUUCCUAUGCAUAAUUACUUCACUUAAAGUCAGUUUCAAUGAACAGCUUUAUAUUUUGUUGGAAAGCAGGAGAAUUUAUCUGUAGGAAAUAUUCCUGUAUCAACACAUUGUAAAGUAUGCAUUUAUAAAUCAGUUAUUUCCUCCUCCCUUCAAAGUGAAUGCUAUAAAAUCUCUCUUUGACACCAUAAUUAAUUUUUUUCCUAAAAUGAGAAUGUAACUGCUAUAUAUUUCUGGGCCAAAUCAAUUCUUUUAUUUUCAUAAUAUCUAUUUGAAAUAUUUAUUUUGUGUGGUCUUAUUUAAAUGUAGUUUAAAUACUUUGUAAACCUGUGAUUUGCCUAGGCAUCUAAAGAUUGUAGUGCACCAGCUGCACUAACUGACACAGAAGAUUUUGAAGGUAUAUGGACACAGAAAUUUGUGCAGGUUUUCAAGAUUGUACAUACUUAAAAAGCUGAUGUUCAGGAGCUGAGACAUCAUGCAUGGUGCAAUAACCUUGAAAGAACAGAACUAUGAAUUCUACAAUACAUAGCGACCUAUCUGAACUUGAUGUGGUGAGGGUUGUACUGCAUAGAUUAUACAUCCACCACAUGAUGAGCAGCAAUGAUUUUGUGUUGUCUUGAUUUCCAUCAGGUAGAACACUGAGUUCAGACUGUUUUUAAGCCUGAGGAUUCAUUUCUUACACAAAGUCAUAUGGACCAGGCAUCUUGCAUCCUUUAACUGCUUCUUUGGGAGGUAGAAUUUUAAACCACAAAGUAGAAUCUGGAUUCAGGUCAAGCUUCAGCAAAAUUUGGGGAUGUUCACACUCUUAUUUUUUUUCCAGAGCUAUUCAUUUAGAAAGAUUAAGAAAGUUCUGUAUCUUUAACAUCAGACUCAGUCACUCUCUUUCAAGUUGAAUAGUUUCUUAGCGUAUAAAAAUGUCCUGUCAAAAUCAAAGGACGAUGGUGGGAUUCAACAUAAGAACGGCAAAGAACUGGCAAUAAGAUGAAAGUGACUGCAUAUGAAUGGGUUUUUUCUUGGCAGCCUUGUACCUUAUGUAAUUUUUUUUUUUGGCUUGGGUAUCAUGGUCACAGAAUACCAACAUUCUAAUUUUUCUCCAUUUCUAAUUUUGGUUCUACUGCAAAAUCAAGCCCCAAACAAAGCAGAGAAAAUAUAGAGCAAUAUAGAAUAUUGAAGAUUUUUUUUUCAUUCUUUCUUAAUAUAAGCAUGUAGCUGAUCAACCUGUGUGGCUAUCAGACUUUGGUAGAGUUCAAACUUGCUGGGCUGUAGUGCCAUAUCACUUAGUGCUAAAAUGUUUCUAUUAGAUGGCUUCCUUAAUCCAAUCCAUUUCAUAAGAAUUCUAUUGAUAUGACAGAGAACAAUUAUAGUCAAAGCUCUUUUGUGGUUGGUUUAAAUUAAACACCAAGGUUAUGGUUUCCAGUUAUAGGGCACACUAAAACGAGUUUAACUUAUUGCACUUGAUUCUCGAGGCCUAUUCUGUUCAAGGUUCUGCCAAAACAAUCUAUUGCACUUGUUUUUACUUGAUGGAUCAUGGAAGGAAAAUAAUGGAUUCAGUUAUGAGAAGCAGUAAUAGAUUUUUUUGAACUGACAUAAAUGUCUAUGUUUAGAUAGAAGCAAGGGAUCAGGAAGAGAUAAGUUGAAUUUUUCUACAAUAGAUGAGCUCUUGUAAAAUUCACAUCACAUAAAUUGUACUGAGACCUCUCUUUAUGUAAUGUUUUAUUUAUGUAAUUCAGUUAUUUUUUAAAGCUAAAUCAUUUUACGUGCUCCUUCAGAAGAUCGUUUUGACAUAAGCUUAAAAGUUUCAAGUCAGAUAAGAAGAAUCCUCAAUUCUGCUAAACUCUCUGUUCUUUAAAAAGCUAUGAAGUAACACCAUUACCUUAAUAAUUAUGGAGGCUUCAGACUAUUUCUGAUUCUUGCCAAAAAGUCUUUGCAUAGUUCACCUGUAUUCUAGAACAUGUAUAGAACAUUUCUAAAGGUCUGAUACUACCUUAUGCAAGUGAAGGCUGAACUCAUAUUGAACUCUGUGGUUCACGGUUGUAUCAAAAGUGUAUUGUGUACACAGCAGAAACAUGCCAUAGAACAAUACAGAAUUAUUUUACCAACUUUUA